ACUUUUUUAUUAUUCUACACCACAGCAAGUUCCAGAGAUGUCUUUUGAUUCCAAGAGGUGCAAAAGCUAAAAAGAGAACCACAUAAGCAUAUAAAAUUCAAUUCUUAUAUAAUUCAUGAAUCGAAUGGAUAGCAUAUACAAGUCAUAUGACCGACGUCACAUCAUAUGAUCAAUCCUGUUGUUUGUUGAUUAUUGGCCUAGACCCACUUUAAAAGGCUGCCAUAAUCUUGGAGGCCUCCAGACCAUCAAAUUCCAUUUAACCACAACUAGUAUAAGUUAGUAGUAUUAGUGAGGCCAUGUGUCCCUUGUUUCCUUGUAACAUUUGAAUACCUCCCCGAGCCGGCCAUAGAUUAGCUUAAUUACUAGUUAAAUUCCAUUGAUAUUGUUUUUUUGUUUUAAGAGAAAAUCAUCGUAAGUCCGGAAUUGAAGUUUCUCGUGGGAUUUAGCUGUUUUCCCGAUUGCAUAUUCAGUCAGCCACAAUUGUCUCCGGGAUGGAUCCGUCCAAGACGAGUACUAGUGCGGACGUCCCACUGCUUUCGCGACAAAAUGCUCCUACUAGGGGGAACCAGUGGGUGAUAUGGAGAGCAGUCUUCAAUGUGUCAACCACCAUUAUUGGUGCAGGAAUUAUGUCAAUCCCAGCAACUCUAAAGGUCUUAGGUGUUAUUCCCGCAUUCUUGUUGAUUGUGCUGGUUGCUUUAUUAGUGGACAUAACGGUAAAUUUCAUGUUAAGGGACACCUAUGCCGGCCAGUCGACGACGUACGCCGGAUUGAUGAAAGAGAACUUUGGAAAGAUUGGUUCUUUGGCAGUACAAAUUUGUGUAAUGAUCAGCACUCUUGGGUGCUUAAUCAUGUACCUCAUUAUUAUUGGAGACGUGUUUUCUGGAAAAGGAGAACACCUUGGUGUCCUUCAAGAAUGGUUUGGGAUUCAUUGGUGGAAUUCUCGUUAUCUAUCGAUCCUACUCACUGUCUUGUUUGUUGUGCUUCCACUGGUCCUAUACAGGCGUGUAGAAUCAUUAUGGCUCAGUUCAGCAGUAGCAAUUAUACUAGCAGUUGUAUUUGUUGGUAUAUGUUCUGUAAUGGCAGUCAUUGCAAUAGCAAAAGGGCAAAUAGUAAGGCCAAGAAUGCUACCGGAAUUGAAUAGUACGACUUCCUUCUUUGAUCUCUUCACUGCCAUCCCAGUCAUCGUAACAGCUUUUGCAUUUCACUUCAAUGUCCAUCCUAUUGGAAUUGAGCUGGGGAUACCGGGAGCUAUGACCAGUGCUGUCAAAAUUUCACUAGUAAUUUGUUCAAUCAUCUAUUUCUCUAUUGGCAUUUUUGGCUAUCUUCUCUUUGGAGAUUCAAUCCAUGCAGAUAUACUUGUAAAUUUUGAUACAUCGUCCUCAGGCACUGUAGCAAUCAGCCCUGUUCUAAAUGAUAUUGUUCGUCUGAGCUAUGCGCUUCACCUAAUGCUGGUAUUUCCUCUGUUAAAUUUCUCCCUGAGAGCCAACAUUGACGAACUCAUAUUCCCUAAGAAGGAAAUACUGGCAACUGACACCAAAAGAUUCAUAUUUCUUACAUUGAUCUUGUUAGCCUUCUCAUAUAUAGUAGCCAUUGCUAUACCAUCCGUAUGGUACAUUUACCAGUUCAUGGGAUCAACUUCAAAUGUUUGCCUGGCCUUCAUAUUCCCAGGUGCAAUUGCUCUAAGAGAUGUCCAUGGUUUAUCUUCCAGAAAAGACAAGAUCAUUGCAGUAGUAAUGAUUGUUCUAGCUGUUGUGACGAGCGUUAUUACUAUUGCUGCCAACAUCUACAAUAUGAUUGGAUGCAGUUCAUAAACUUCUAUCAUCUCACAUUUGACCAUUUGGAUAGAGUAUCUUAGGAGCUCAGUUGGUUGGUUACCUUUCACCUCGUUGACGAGGAUUCGGUACCUCAUCUUAUAAUCUCCUCCCCAUUUCCCCUUACCCUAUCCCAAUUCAAUAAAAUAUAAUUUAAAAAACAAAACAAGGACUUUUGGAUUCAGUAUUGCAACUUUUUUUGUUGUUGAUGAGUUUCCUAGCAUUGUUAUGCAAUAUAGCUAGUUUCCAUAA